CUCUAUUUCCACAUCCCCCUCCCCUUUCACUUACCCCUCCCUGUGCCUUCCCUGCAAUAAAUAAGCCAGCACAGAGGCUGCCUUGAAGCUGCAGAGCUAAGAGGCUUGAAGAUAGAAGGUUUAACUGACUGGAGACAUUGACUCCAUCUGUGCAACAACUGCUUGUGCAUCUUCCUGUCACACAAACCCCGUGCUUCCUCAUCUACAGCAGACAGAACCCAUUUUGUCACCAGGCUUCUGAAGGAAUUGCAUAUAGAAUUUUUUGUAUCUCUUACUACAAGAAGAUCCUUUGUUGUUGUUUUUUAACCUUAUUGUCUCGGCAUUGGAUUGACAGUUGCAUGUUCUGUUCCUGCUGCUGCUCAGUUGCAGGGUAGGUUUUAGGUGCCCACUGCAGAGCCCACCCAGGCACCCCUACCUUUUAGGUGCUUGCAAUGAAAGCUGUGAGCCCAAUCCGUCCCCAUAGUCGAAAAACUGGGGUGUGUGGGGAGCUGGCUGUGCACUGCCUGUCUGAUCACAGCCUUAGUGUAGCUCGUUACAAGAUGGAAGAGGAGUGCCUGCAGUACGAUAUGAAUGACUGCUAUAGCAGGCUCAAGAGACUGGUCCCCACCAUCCCCCAGAACAAAAAAGUCAGUAAAGUAGAAAUUCUGCAGCACGUUAUUGACUACAUCCUGGACCUUCAGCUGGCUUUGGACACACACCCUGUGCUGUUAAGGCAACAGCCACCUGCCAGGACCCCACUCACAGACCUCAAUACUGAUCAGGUAAGUGGCUCUCACCUACCUCAUUGCUCCCUUUCCAUUGCAAAUGUCAUCUGAGUGGAAACUGGAUCCAGUUAGUCAUCUAUCAGAGCUGUGUAAGACUUACUGUAUAGGAGGUGCCAGUAUGUAUUAUUGGGUGAGUGCCAAUUUGCCCAGGAUGCCAAUUCAUGUCAUUGCCCCCUAUUUUAAUUGCGAGUAUUUGCCAGCUAUGGCUUCAUUUAGAAAGAAGUAUUGUAUUGUCACCCGAGCUGGCUUUCAGUGGCAGGGCAGCAGGUCUAGGGAUGGGCCCCUAGAGAGGUAUGACUUGCUCCCAGAUGCAGGCUGGCCACAUAUCCUUAUGAUGGGCAACUCCUAUCCUUUUCUACAGACCCCAUCACCCGUCUGCCGUGUAAAGCUACUGUCUCCUGCUCUUGUUUACACAUCGCUUCAAGCUGUGCAAUGUGUUGCAGUCACCUUCAGAUUUAAUGGGGGGGGGUAAAUUCACGCUUAUUCUUCUUAGCGAUUGCCUCUUUCACAGCCCUCUAAAAAGAGCCAUGCUGCACCCUCGCCCUCUGUCCUAUUCAGAGAGCUGUUAAGUCAUCUGCUCCAUGCCAAUUGCUUGGAAGUUGAGUGUGUGUCAGGAUUUUAAUGAGGCGCAGACAGGCAGAGUGGGGUGAUCUGUCUUUGUAUCUCUAUUCUGAUCACUGGAGUGUGACUUCCCAUUGCAACAAUGUAUCAGUGGCCAGUCCUUGGCAGGCACAAUGGGCUGUGGUACUGUAUUUAUAUAUUUUGCAUCGUAUCUUGAACUUUACUAUUUCAUAUUACAGGCUGCCUCCGUGGUGAACAAACAAGGGGACAGCAUAUUGUGUCGUUAAACUGUAUUAUAAAGGUGAGUCUUACCAUUUGAUCCUCAUUAUAUAUACAAAUAAAUUCAAUGUAUGACAUUAGAUCAGUCCAGAUAUUUUUAACAAGGACUCCUAUUACAUGUCCACUAUAGUCUUACUAUCCCAACCCCCCUUACAUGGUUUUAAUGAGCUUCUCAAAUGAUUUACCCAAUAAUACAUAAUCCCUGACCAAACAAGGGUUAAUGGUUAAUGUAUGAGUGUGCUCCCGGAUUGAAUUGUAUAGAUGGAGGAAGUUAACUGCUUCUGAUUAUAUCUUCAUUCCCAUGCAGGAUUUUACGUUUUUAUGAUAGGGUUGGCAUUUCUGUGUAUUAUGAAGCAUGUACUGGUUGGGGGAGGGCAGUGGGUUACCCCUUUGCACAGUGUGGCUGGAGCAGACUUCUACAGCUGUGUCCCUAUGCUUGGGAGCUGUGCUUGUAGUUUUGACCUGGUUUGUUUUGGAUUGUUGAUCAAGCAUGUCUUGUGUUUUGUUGGUGGCGCCAGUCAGUCUGGAGUGAGAAUGGUUCACACACCCCCUCUAUUCAUUCCUCUUCCACAGGUGUGCAGCAGUCAGAGCCCAAGCCAGAAGGAGCAGAGAGAAAUAUAUAUAGAGAAAAAUUAGAGCAUAAGGGAGGGGAGAGGAAAAAGCAGUCAUCAAACAAAAGAAAAAGAAAAGAAGAAAAAAAAAAAAAAGAAAAAAAAAGUCUCAACACACAUCUAUCAUACACUAAGGAGAGUAUAUUUCUUUUGCACUUUGUGCACCCUCAUACCACUUAACACUGUCUUUUUCACAUUCAUUGUGUUUCAUCAAGAUGGGAUAGGACAUGGAAUUAUGGACACAUUGAAAGUCACAGAACUGAUGGGUAGGGGCGGUUUAGAAAAUGAUUAUAAAAUGAAGAACUGAAUUUAAAAGCUUUACUAAUAUACCAGAGCAUUGUAGAUAUUUUUUUGUACAUCUAUUGUUUAAAAUAGAUGCUUUUAUUGGGUCAGGGAAUUUUAUUCUCCCUGCAGGAAUGUUACAUAUUGUAUAGCAGAAAAAAAAAAAGCAAGUGACAUUUCAUACUGUAUAUAUAGAGAUGUUCUAUACGUGUAAGUGAUAAAGUAUAUGCUUUAAUAGACUACUGUAAUUAUGAAGUAUUUUUAAUUAAAUAUUUUGUGUAAAUAUGAAUGUGUGAUUUUUUUUUCUUUUAUCUUUUUUUUUUUUAAUCAUGGGGUAAUGGGUUUAAUUCAUAUAUGUAUAAUAAAUAAAUUUGCUAAUUAUUUGAGAUUUGAUUAAAACAUUAAUUAUGUCUAUUCACUAACUUGGCUCUGACAUUAAUAGGUCUGCAUGAUUGCAUGGGCUAUUGUUUAUGGACAUUAAACUGUCUCUGGCCAAAUGCAUUCAGAUAAAUUAGUAAAUCCACAUAGCACGCUUUUAUUGAAAAAAUGUUACAAUAAUUGACACACCAUGAAUAAUUAAUUUGGUUCAAAAUACAAAAAAUUUCAAAAAGGAUUCAAUUAUAAUCCAUAACCCUUACAGCAUAUAUUCAAAAUUUCCAGGUUCUAAAAAAUUGUUUAAAUGUCUACUAUUGCUCAUCUUUGUGGUACUUGAAGAGUUAACCUGUCAUUUAACAAUCUGGGGAAGAGGUUGUAUCUGUAUAAAAAGCCUAAUAUGAGAUGGCUAUAUGAAACCUGUGACCAUGUUGCAGUAUUAUUACCCAUUAUCACAUUUCUAAAGGGCCCUUGCAGGAUGUACAUAAUGUAGUCUCCUAUUUUCUUGAAGGUAUUUUUUUUUUCUUAUUUCCAUUACCAGAAAUAUAUGGCCAGAAAAUUUAUCAUGGGCUCAAAUAUUAAUGUAGAAAUAGCUAAACGAUUUAAAAGAAUUCUAAUAUAUCUACAUUUUUUUUUUUUUUUGUGUGUUCUCUGGCGUAAAGGCUUGGCUGCUACUGACUAUAGAAAUACAAAUAAAAAAUACAUUCUAAUGAAACAAUAAAAAUACAUCAUUUAUCAUAUGGCCAUUCAUAUUAAUUUUAUUUAACCCAUUGCACUCCUACAGUGUUUGUUUUUUUAUUUAAAAUACGCUGCAAUAAUGUGACACAAUAUACCUUUUGAAAAAAUUUUUUUUUUUUAAAUAUUAAUUGAGCGUACAAAUAUGGCCAAGUAUGGUAAUUGGCAUCCUAUUCUUAUAAUACUAUUAAAAUCUGCCUGGGUGUUCUACAGAAAGAGUAAUUAUUGUUCAUUUGGUUAAUCUGGUGUUCCAUUUUAUAUAUCUUUUUAUUUUUUUAUUAUAGUUCUCUCUCAUUGCAUGUGAUACAUCAGUGAUUUCUAUACUCUGUCUGUUUAUUUUUUAUUUUUUUUCUAUUUUAACCUGGAAAUUUUGAAUAGAAAAAUCUCUUUCUCUGUCACUCUUGUCAGUGACCCACAAAUGCCCCAAAAGCAGUCACUACUUGCUUGUAACCAAAGGAAACCACUGCUACAUCUAAAAUUGUAUCUACUUCAUUUAACCCUUCCAGUGCUCCAGGAGGUUAUGUUUUGCUCACACCCCUCCGCCACUGACAGUGUUAAGCAAAUUAAUGCAGAUUAUUAUCUGAUGUUGGGAAAAUGCCAGUAACUUUAAUUGUUAAGGUGAAACUUUAAUAAAUUAUUUAAGCUGCUUAAUUUUCCUGCAAUCAUGUUAGAAGCAGUUACUGUCGUUAUCUGUCACAUACUUUUUUUUUAUAUAUACAAGAGUAUUAAAAGAACAUAUUUUUAUUCGUCUGAAAUCUGUCCUUUUCCCCCAAUGUUUUGUAUUAGAUUGAAUUACCAUUUUUGUAUCAGUGCAGAAAGGAGGAUGUUUCUUCUCUGUGAUUUAAUUAUGCACAGAUACAUUUUGCUAAAUAUUCACUGCAUGUAUUUUCACAUUCUUUGUAAAUUAAAAAUUGUAACAGUUUGAUAAAAUUCAUCCCUGGGAAAUGCUUUUUUAAAAAAAAAUGUAAAAAAAAUUGUGUAACUGUCAUGUUUAACUUUUUGAAUGCCAAAUGAGAUAGAGAAGGGGUAGCAGUGUUACAAAGUAAAAAUGAAUGCAUGGAUGACCCCUCUGGUCUUCAGUGGAGCAUCAUAAUUCGAUGUGUGUUGUCUAUCUUAUUUAAAUAACUUGCAUUGUACGUUUCAUAGACACAGAAUCAAAUGAAACCAAAGUUUUCACUUCUGUUGAUACAAACUAAUAAAAAUAAAAAAUAAAAACUUUGUAAAUGUU